UAAGAAUCUGGCACGCGCUCGCCACACUCCCCUUUUAUCCUUAGCCACACUUUCUCCUUGAAAAUUCGACAAUUCUUCUUCUUCUUCGUUUUCUGAGUUGAGAAAUCUGAGUUGUCUUCUUCUUCUCCUUCUCCACAAGACGAGCGAAGAGAUUAUCUGAAUUGAUCGCUUCUCCAUAACAAAAGAUAUGAGUUCUGCUGCUUCAGUCACAAAUCUCUGGACAACAACACACAACAAUGUGAUUCAACUAGUCGAUAUGGUAGCCAUUGAAUCAAAUCACAUGUUAAGUGGGAAUAAGACUCUUUGCUUCACCGGAAGGCAUCACAUGAGCAUCAAGCCUAAAACGACUUCUCCAUUAUCACUUACUCAGAUGAAGAUCAAUGUUCCAAGAACCUUAGCUUUCUCCUCAGCGAACAAGAAAGGCAGAGCUGAAGUGGACGCUCUUACUGGUGAUAAGACAUUUACAGAAUAUACAUGGAGUUUCCACUUUCCAGAGUCUAAUGUCGAUUUCUCUCAUCUCGACUCUAAAGCAAACCUCUCUGGAGGAGGAGGAGGAGAUCACCAAAAUGUGGCUAGCGUUCUUGAAAAACUGAGUGCUCUUCGCUCACAUCUAUUAGCAGCAGAGAAGUGGAAUGCUUCUCGACUUCAGCUAUGUGACAGCAAAUAUCUGGAAUGUGCGACAAACUUAAUUCAUUAUAUGGCUUUGAGGUCACUGGACAUUGAGCAGCUCAACAGCUAUCUUGCUUCGCUUGGUCUGUCGAGUCUAGACAACAACAAUCUUGCUGUCCUCUCCAGCCUUGACGCCACCAUUAAUCUGUUGAUGAACUCUCCCUAUAGCCAACGGAAUGAUUCGAAUAAUGCAUAUCCCAAGAAGCACAAGGAGGGUAAGAGUACUAAGAAGAAUGAUAAAGGAAGAGUAUUUUCAUAUAAAGAGUUGUUACUUGGGAAACUUGGUGAAGGAAGAAGUACUCAUAUCAUGGUGACUGUUGGUAAAGAAGCAACUGAGAGCGAAACCUUUAUAAACGAUAUCCUUAAAGCUGGCGCUUCUGUUAUUCGUAUAAACUGCGCUCAUGGAGACCCGAGCAUUUGGGGUGAGAUCAUCAAAAGAGUAAGAAGAGCCUCUCAGAUGCUAGAGAUGCCAUGCCGCGUUCUCAUGGAUCUAGCAGGACCAAAGCUGAGAACCGGCACACUGAAACCUGGUCCAUGCGUGAUGAAAGUCUCACCGAAGAAAGAUGCUUACGGAAACGUGGUUUCUCCAGCUGUGGUAUGGCUCUCCCUCACUGGAACAGAACCUCCUGCUCACCUUUCCCCUGACGCAACUGUAUAUGUGCAAGACCAGGAGUUUCUUGCUGGUCUCCAGAUUGGUGAUUCCGUAAGACUAUGUGACGCUAGAGGGAAAAAGAAGACGCUUAGGAUCUCAAAAGAGUUUGACGUUUUCUCCAGUACUGGUUUUGUGGCUGAGUGUUUCGAUACUGCUUAUAUAGAGUCUGGAACUAAGUUAUGCGUUAAGGGAAAGAAAGGGAGGCGCUUGGUUGGAGUAGUAGUGGAUGUUCCUCCCAAGGAAUCUUUCGUGAGGCUCAAAGUUGGAGAUUUAUUAGUCAUAACCCGAGAAGGAUCGUUUGAUGAACCUUGUGUAACUGUUCCAGGGGCUCACAGGCUAACUUGUCCUUCCGGUUACUUGUUCGAUUCUGUCAAGCCUGGCGAAACCAUUGGUUUCGAUGAUGGCAAAACCUGGGGAGUAAUCAAAGGAAGUAGCCCUUCAGAGGUGAUUGUCUCCAUCACUCAUGCUGGUCCAAAAGGUACAAAGCUAGGAUCAGAGAAGUCCAUAAACAUUCCCCAGAGCGACAUCCGUUUCAAAGGCCUCACUUCGAAAGAUAUCAAAGAUCUUGAAUUUGUAGCUUCACAUGCUGACAUUGUUGGCAUUUCAUUCAUUAGAGAUGUCCAUGAUAUAUCCGUUCUGCGACAAGAGCUCAAGAAAAGGAAACUGCAUGAGCUUGGUAUCGUUCUCAAGAUUGAAACGGAAAGUGGGUUUGAGAAUUUAUCUUUGAUUCUAUUAGAGGCGAUGAAGUGUUCGAAUCCUUUAGGGGUUAUGAUAGCUAGAGGCGAUCUUGCAGUUGAAUGUGGAUGGGAGAGAUUGGCUAGUAUACAGGAGGAGAUUGUAGCUAUUUGCAAAGUUGCUCGUGUACCGGUGGUUUUGGCAACUCAGGUUCUUGAAUCACUUGUCAAAUCCGGUGUUCCAUCUCGAGCUGAGAUCACAGAUGCUGCAAAUGGCAAAAGGGUGAGCUGUGUGAUGUUGAACAAAGGCAAGCAUAUCGUUGAAGCUGUUUCGAUGUUGGAUACUAUACUUCACACCAAGCUUGUCUAUAAGAAACCGCACUCUGAAAAUCUACAUUGCUCUGCUUCUCACUAGAAAGAGAAGUUGUGUAGUCCAUGAACUGGUUGCGUCCGGUUAAGUCCUGGUUUGGUAUUAGGUCUUCUAGAGAUGUGGCGGUUUCAAACCAGCAUUUAGACCGGUUCACAAAGCCUAGUACGAUGACUAACAUAUGCAUCUUGAUCAUGUUCCGUACCUCAGAUCUUAGCUGGUUUAGUUAAUUGUUUAAAAGUUUCUGUACUUUGUAAGUGUGAAGCCAAUAUUUAGUGGAAACCUAGUACAUGAAUUUAGAAUGUAGAGGAUAAUUGCUUUGCGCAAGAAAGAAGAUUUUUGAUUUCAUCUCUUACGAUAGUUACAACUUACACGUAACUCAGUGGAGUUAUCUACAUGAAUAAUAUUAAAUUGUAGCAUAUUUAGAGUUUGGCAGAUACUGAGAGAGAAUGGAGCUGCU